AUGACAAUGAUGGUGCAAGUAAAUAGUGACAAGGCGCUUCACUCAGUUUCUCUUCUUGUAUUUUACAUUACCAAGAUGCAAACUAUUUCGGUUCUUGCCGUUCUCGCACUCGCUUUCAGCUGUUCAUUAGCUUACGACGUUGCACUUAAUCAACCAUGGAAACUAUGGAAAGAACUUAACAACCAACGUUACUCCGAUGCCGAAGAACAUGUUCGUCGUGCUGUCUGGGAAGGUAACUUGAAAAAAGUACAACAACACAACCUCGAAGCCGACCUUGGUGUACAUUCAUAUUGGCUCGGAAUGAACAAAUAUGCUGCUAUGACCAUCGAUGAAUUCGUCAAAGUCAUGAACGGUUAUAAUGCCACAAUGAAAGGAGAACGUACUCAAGAUCGUCAUACGUUUACAUUUAAUCCAUUAGCCGAUUUACCAGAUACCGUUGACUGGCGUGACAAAGGCUACGUUACACCUAUUAAAGAUCAAGGACAGUGCGGUUCAUGUUGGGCUUUCUCCUCAACUGGUGCCCUUGAAGGUCAACACUUCAAAGCAUCUGGCACACUCGUUUCACUCUCCGAACAAAACUUAGUUGAUUGUUCAGGUGCACAAGGAAACAUGGGUUGCAAUGGUGGUUUAAUGGAUCAAGCUUUUGAAUACAUCAAAGUCAACGCUGGUAUUGAUACCGAAGAUUCAUACCCAUAUGAAGCUGUCGAUGAUCAAUGCCGAUUCACAAAAGCUAACAUUGGUGCCACAGAUACUGGUUUCACUGAUAUUACAUCAAAAGAUGAAAGUGCUCUUCAACAAGCUGUUGCCACUGUUGGCCCAAUCUCUGUUGCCAUUGAUGCUAGCCACUCAUCAUUUCAAUUAUACAAAAAGGGUGUUUACAAUGAACCAUUCUGCUCACAAACUCGUCUUGACCAUGGUGUUUUAGCUAUUGGUUAUGGUACAGACUCUGGCAAAGAUUACUGGCUCGUUAAAAACAGCUGGGGUGAAGGUUGGGGUGAUCAAGGUUACAUCAAAAUGACACGUAACAAACGUAAUCAAUGCGGUAUUGCUACUGCUGCUAGUUAUCCACUUGUUUAA